AUGGAGGAUGCGGAAGAGCUCCGGCGGUUGUUACGAGAAGAGCGAAGUCUACGCAAAGAGGAGCAACGUCUACGCAAAGAGGAGCAACGUCGACACGAAGAGGCCGAAGCAAAGUCGCAGCCACAGACCCUUCAACAAUAUCUCGAGGCCUGCCACUCGCUCAAUGUUGCAAUCCGGGUAAUAACUAAGCCAUCUCUGACCACGCAAGGCUACACGACCGAUCCGACCGGCCGGAUCUUCCCUCGGCGGAUCGUCCCCUGGGACGACUUCGCGGCGAGACAAGAGGAGAUCUGGGACCGUCUCUCGGCCGGCGACUCAUUCUCCUCCCUGCCCGCCUUUCCCUCGCAGCAUCAGCUAGACUAUGUCAAGUCAUUUUGUAAGCCUAUCAGCAGUGAGCUUGGGCUCCGGGACUUUGCGCGUGAUGCUGUCGAGAACGCGGUGCACAGGCUGGUCGACAGGGCACACAUGGAUCCACUGCUGCAGAGCAGCCUCGGCCUCCAGGGAACCGUGACGUUCGAGAGCCAUACGAAUCUCGGUACACCUGACGACGAUCCCAUCUCCGAGCCCAUGGGGCAGAUGUCUCUUGGCACGGGCCGUGCCGGUGCUUCUGCCUCUGCCCCGAAGCCACCGGCGGCUCCCAAGGCCCGCCGCAGGGCGAGGGGCAAGGGUAAUCUUGCCGACCAGUUCUGUAUAUACAGGACUUUGGACGCCACGGAUAUACCGGUGCUUGCUAUCGAAUACAAGGCGCCGCACAAGCUAAGCGUCGACGAGGUUGUUACGGGCCUUGGGUCGGAAAUUCAGCCCGAACGCGAUGUGAUUAACAAGGACGGCCAGGGCUUCGCCUUCACGGCCAGGGCACUCGCCGCAGCCGUCGUCACCCAGCUCUUCUCGUACAUGAUCGGCAAGGGCAUCCAGUAUGGCUACGUGUGCACGGGACAGGCUUUCAUCUUCCUCCACAUCCCGGACGACCCCGCCACGGUCUACUUCUCGGUGUGCGUGCCGAACCUGGACGUCAUGGACGACGACGAGACGAGGCUCCACCGCACAGCCGUUGCGCAGGUCUUUGCCUUUAUCCUCCAGGCCGUCCGCGCGAGUCCACCGCCCGAGUCAUGGCAUGAUGAGGCCGCGAAGCUUGGGAUCUGGGCCGUCGAGUACGACGAUAUCCUGAGAAACAUCCCUGAGACGGAGCGCAAACCCAAGGAGCCCCGCGCCUCUCCUUAUAAGCCUCAGCGCUGGAAGGGCUUUAAGCGAUCGCCAAUCCGGACCCGCUCCCGCUGCCAGCAACUCGACGCUGAGCAGAGCCAGGGCCAAGCAGCAAAGCCAGACAUCCAGGGCCGGCCGUUCUGCACACAGCAAUGCCUCCUGGGAUUAGCAUCUGGCGGCGGGUCCAUGGACAAGAACUGCCCCAACGCGGACGACCACGGGCAGGAGCACAUCAGCCGGCCCGAGUUCCUCCGCCUCGUCCGACACCAGCUUGCCACGGACCGCGGCCGCGACGCCGACUGCGUGCCGCUCUAUCUCUCUGGGGCGCGCGGCUCCCUCUUCAAGGUGCGGCUGUCAGCCUACGGCUACACCCUCGUCGCCAAGGGCAUGGAGGGUCUCGACCGCGCCUGUCUGCAGCACGAGAACGACAUAUACGACCGGCUCCAGCCCAUCCAGGGGAAACACAUCCCCGUGUGUCUCGGCAGCAUCGACCUGGUCCUGCCCUACUACUACAACAGUGGCGUCUACGAGCACUUUAUGUUCCUGAGCUGGGCUGGACAGCCGCUGCUCCGCUGCGGUGACAAAGUCGACAGAGCUGCCGCCGCCGCCGCCGCCGAGGCCGUCGCCACCAUCCUCAGGGCGGUGCACAGCCUGCACAUCCUCCACCGCGACGCGGAGCUGCGCAACCUCCUGCUCGACCCAGACAGCGGCGGCCUCAUGAUUAUCGACUUUGAGCGCGCAGAGUUCCGCGGCAGCCGCCCGCCCCUGGGCCCCAUAGGCGCUAACAGCCCGAACCGGAAGAGGACGAGGCGCGGGCUAUCGCAGAAACAGGCGAGGGACGACUUUGCGAGAGAGCUGGAAUAUGCUGUGGCGAGGGUUUCAUGCUGGGCUGCGUCCUUACCCGGGCAUGCAGUUACAGGGUAG